UCUUUAGCCACCUAACUUCACAUCUUCGUGUUCCAGCUAGGUGGGACAUAACACCCGGUUCAUUUUCGUGAUAGAGAAGUCCAAAGGGGGGUUUUGCUUGCGAAACGAUUUCCGGGGAGCAUCCUUGGCUCGGUCGUUCUGUCCAGAGCCGCAUAGGAGCUUCUGUGGCAGUGUUUGAACCAAUUUUAUGACACCAGGGAUGUCAAACCGACCCGGGGGCGGAAGCAGUGGAGCAGGGGAUCCUCGCAACACUCAAAAGACGCCAAACUUUGUCUCUCCCGAAUGCCGGGAACUCUUGCCGGGAAGCAAGCUUUCUGAGUUGUUAAACGAGGUCGCGCCAGGGGAGGUUUUAGACCCUGACGUCGAAGAGUUCCUGCAAGAGCACGUCGAUGAGUUUGUUGAUAAUGUGACGGAAUUCGCUUGUCGUUUCGCAAAGCAUAGAAAAAGCCGUGUAUUGGAAGCCAGAGACAUCCAAUUGCAUUUAGAGAAGAACUGGAAUAUUCGUGUUCCCGGGUAUGGAGACGACCCGCGCCCGGUGAAGCGGACGGCCUCGACACCUGUCCACCAGGCGCGCAUGCAAGCGAUUGCCAAGAGCCAACAUCACCAGGGAUAGUUUGGCACGGCCAGAGAUGUAAUAGGCCGUCAUGCAGAGGGUGUGGUAGUUCUCAUUGUACGAUAUACACACUCCCAAUGUUGUCUGUAUGCCAUUCGCCGUGUUGUGCUCGAUAUAUCAUGGGUGAUGAUAGAUUCUGAUGGGUGCUCGCACAGAAUGACGCAUGCAACCUUAUUCGUAGUAACUGCCGGUAUCCUGCAAGAGGCACUCAAGUUACCUUCCUCUUGCGGCAACCCAGUAAGAGUUUUGCGUAAUUUACUGUACUGUAUACAAAGACAUCAUUGAUAUGUUACUUUAAUCAUUUUGUGAAGUGCUGUUCUUACGAA